AUGCAGAGCGGCCCGACUGCAGGUCUCGAUGCAGAGCUGUCCUACGUGAGGAAUGAUGUGAUUAAUCACUACGCCUUGUCCUUCAACCUCUUAAUUCCCAGUGAGACCAACAAUCUCCACUUCACCUGGCAUGCUAAAUCCAAGGUUGAGUAUAAACUGGGAUUUCAGGUCCAUGAUCCCGUGGCCAUGGCUCUGCCCCAGGCCAACAUUUCUCUACAGGGAGAAGUUCCUCGCACCCUCUCAGUGUUUUGUGUGGAACUCUCCUGCACUGGCAGACUCGACUCCGAUGUCACAAUAUUAAUGCAGCUCAACUUAACAAUGAAUUCCUCAAAAAACAUCACAAUUUUAAAUUUCAAAAGAAGGAAAAUGUGCUACAAAAAGCUUGAACCAGAAGUCAAAUCUCCAACAGCUGAUAAAAACAGCAGCAAGGCUCUCUUUGAUCCUGUAAACGCAGCUCCCACCACUUCCACCCGGGUGUUCUACAUCAGUGUGGGCGUGUGCUGUGCUGUGAUAUUCCUGGUGGCAAUAAUCCUGGCUGUCCUGCACCUCCACAGCAUGAAAAGGAUCGAGUUGGAUGACAGCAUCAGUGACAGCAGCAGCUCCCAAGGCCUGUCCCAGCCCUCCACACAGACGACGCAGUACCUGCGAGCUGACACCCCCAACAACGCCACGCCAGUAACCAGUUAUCCUACGUUACGGAUAGAGAAGAAUGAUCUCAAAAGUGUCACUCUCAUGGAGGCCAAAGCUAAAGUGAAGGACAUAGCCAUCUCCAGGGAGAGGAUAACCCUCAAAGACGUGCUCCAGGAAGGCACCUUUGGGCGCAUUUUCCAUGGAAUUCUAAUAGAAGAGAAAGACCCCAGUAAAGAGAAGCAAGUUUUUGUCAAAACUGUUAAAGAUCAGGCCUCGGAGGUGCAGGUGACAAUGAUGCUGACUGAGAGCUGCAAACUCCGAGGACUUCACCACAGGAAUCUGCUGCCUAUCACCCAUGUCUGUAUAGAAGAGGGAGAGAAACCAAUGGUGCUGCUGCCAUACAUGAACUGGGGGAACCUUAAACUCUUCCUGCGACAGUGCAAGUUGGUGGAGGCCAACAACCCUCAGGCCAUUUCCCAGCAGGACCUCGUCCAUAUGGCCAUCCAGAUUGCCUGUGGAAUGAGCUACUUGGCCAGACGGGAGGUCAUCCACAAAGACCUGGCUGCUAGAAACUGUGUCAUUGACGAUGCACUUCAGGUGAAGAUCACGGACAAUGCGCUGUCCCGGGACCUGUUUCCCAUGGAUUACCAUUGCCUGGGGGAUAAUGAGAACAGGCCAGUUCGGUGGAUGGCUCUGGAAAGCCUGGUGAACAAUGAAUUUUCCAGUGCUAGCGAUGUGUGGGCCUUCGGAGUGACGCUGUGGGAGCUGAUGACCCUGGGCCAGACGCCGUACGUGGACAUCGACCCCUUCGAGAUGGGCGCGUACCUCAAGGACGGCUAUCGCAUCGCGCAGCCCAUCAACUGCCCCGACGAACUGUUUGCAGUGAUGGCCUGCUGUUGGGCCCUAGAUCCCGAAGAAAGACCCAAGUUUCAGCAGCUGGUGCAAUGUCUAACUGAAUUUCAUGCAGCAUUGGGAGCCUACGUCUGAAACUGCAGCAGAAGAUGGGAUUCCCUGCUUGGGAGAAGGCAUGGCAUCCAUCUGCAGCUCCAUGCAUCCCUCGGACUCGCACACGUGAUGUGUAUAAAGCAACACCAAAGGGAGAAAGCACUUCUUCCAAAACACUGUGCCUUAGAUUGCCUUAGUAGUCUCAAGUUUUUUUUUUUGUAAGACCUCUUGGUGUUGAAUAUUUUCUAGGUAUCACUUUUGCUAAGUUAAAUCGAGACCUUUUGGUUUGCCAUCAGGAUUUGUUAAGUGUAGUGAUAGUGAACUGAAACACGAGAUUUGGAUGGACUUUGCACUCUGACAGCAGACACGUGAUUUUUUUUCGGAAAGUUUAUGGGACUGGUA